CUGGUUUUCAUCCUGACUUGCAGAACACGAUCCUACAAUGGGUGACUCCUUUGUUAUAGCCUUAGACUUUGGUACUGCUUACAGUGGAUAUGCCUUCAAUAUCACAACCAGCGAGCAAGAAAGUGAUCCCAGAUUAAAGAGUUGGGGAAAAGACCACGGACUGGACACCCCAAAGACUUCAACCUGCAUCCUGUUUGAUCAAAAUGAAGAAUUUGUGAAGUUUGGAUAUGAAGCCAAAACCACAUAUAUCAAAAUGAGAGGAGAAGAAGCAAAGAAACAUUAUUUCUUUGAAGGAUUCAAGAUGGCUCUCUAUGGCAAAGAUCUUAACAAGAACCUUAAGAUUAAAGCAGCAAAUAAUAAGGAAAUGACGGCUCUGAAGGUUUUCUCUGAGUCCCUGAGAUUCCUGAAGGAUGACGCACUGAAAACAAUCAACUCCAAGGCACCAGGACAGAAUUUCAUUGCCUCUGACUUCACCUGGGUUCUGACGGUUCCUGCCAUCUGGGAUGAGUCAGCAAAACAGUUCAUGAGAGAAGCUGCAACUCAGGCAGAAAUUGUAACUGAAGGAACUGAAGACAAACUGAUGAUUGCACUGGAACCAGAAGCUGCUUUAGUCUGGUGUAAGACGCUUCUAUCAGAUGGUUUCAUCACACAGAACCACAAUAGUGUCUCACUGGAUCAGACUCCAGGAGCUCAGACUAUUAUUGUUGAUUGUGGAGGAGGAACUAUUGACAUCACUGUUCACAAAAUCCUGAAAAGAGGAGCCUUAAAGGAGCUGCACAGAGCCUCUGGGAAUAACCUGGGAGGAAAAACUGUGGACAGAAAGUUCAAAGAGUUUCUGAGAGAGAUAUUCACUGAUGGAGUCUGGGAUGAAUAUGAAGAAACUUAUCCCAGUGAAGUUCAGAGAAUGAUAUUUGAUUUUAGUCGUCUCAAACAGGUUGAUGAGGAUAUUGAGAUCCCAUGUCCAUAUAAUCUGGGGAAACUGGCCCGGAAAAAGAAAGCCAUAGAAAAGUUCUUUGAGUCAGUACAAGGAGCUUCCUGGAAUAACGGAGUCAUCAAAAUCUCCAGAGAGAAACUGAGAUCUUUCUAUGAUGAGAGUCUUCAGGGCAUGACCAAGAGUCUCAAAGAAAUAUUAGAAAAAGAUCUCAAAAUUGACUUCAUUCUCUUAGUGGGGGGGUUCGCAGAAAGUAAAAUACUACAGAAGCACAUUAAUGAAGAGUUUGAAGCAGAAUAUAAAAUCCUGUGUCCUGUUAGACCUCAGGAAGCGAUCCUUAGAGGAGCUGUAGAGUUUGGAAGAAACCCAAAGAUAGUGACAUUUCGGAGAAGUCGCUUUACUUAUGGGGUGGCCGUGUUAAAAAAGUUUGAUGAGUCUGAACAUAAACAAGAGAAGAAACUCAUAGCUGAUGGAAAAGAGUGGUGUAAGGACAUUUUUAAAAUACUGCUGGAAGUAGGUCAAGAUGUAGCCUGGGAUGAAACCAGAGAGCAUUUCCUUAAUGCAGCAGAUCCAAAACAGACACAGAUGAGUGUUAGAUUGUUCAGGACUGAAAAAAAAAAUCCAGAAUAUGUAGAUGAUAGUGGGGUGGAAGAAAUAGGUUCAUUUGUAGUUAAACUAUUUGAUUCUAAAACAAAUCAAGAACGUAAAGUGAAAAUAGAACUAAAUUUUGGCUCAGCGAUUAGAGCAACAGGGACUGACUUGAAUACUGGAAAGAAAAGCACACUUAAAUUUGAGUUCAAGAAUGUCUGAAACAUUUAUAAUAUCACACUGCAAUGGUUUACAGUUGAAGGUUGAUGUCAUACCACAGGCCAUAAUGGUUUUAUCUUAUUUGUAAUGACUAUCAGCUUGUUUUGUGUUCAUGUUCACAUUUUUACUUUUCACUUUUAGAAAACGAAGAACAUAUUGAUUUGAGUAUAUUAUAUAGCAGAAACCUGUUUUCUGUGUUCUUUAACUUUGCUUUUAUCUUUGUCUUUUGUUUGCUGCAAUAUAUUACUAAACCUUGUGUCAUAAAAUGGUUAGUUGGGUGGUCAGGAUUAGAUGCGGUGGACCCAGGUUGUAGUGGAAAAUUAUGGUUUUAAUGAACAAAAAGUGAACAGAAAUCCAGACACGGGUAGCACUAGAAGAGAUGACAGAGGGACAACGCAGCGAGGACAAUGACACAAGAAAACUAUAACGUACGAUAAUACUCGAAAAGGAUCCGACGGGAAAACACAGACACAGGUGAGUAUGAGGAGAGGAGAUAAUCAAGGGAACGAGACACAGCUGAAAACAAUAACAUGGGGUCAGGGGCGCAACUACAUACUUUCUGAGGAGUAUGCGAACAUGUCAUGGAUUUCACUGUAAUUGUUUAGCCUGGAAUGUGUGUCUUUCCACUACCAUCUGUAUUUAUGCCAGAGGUUUUACUUCUAAGGACGGUGUAGCAUCGGGUGGACAUUUUAAAAAGAUGUGGGUUGAUAGCAGCUCACCACGGCUCCGUCUCUAAGCAACCAUGACCACAGGGUGAGUUUGUGGGGUUUGGGGAGGGGGGUUCUAUUUAGGUCCUGCAAUUUAUUUGACCUUAAUAUUUCCUGUGUUUUGUUUUGGUCGUUAUUAUUCCAAUUAUUAUUGAGAUGAGUGUGAUAGGUGUGUCUACCACACACUCUCUUGUUGAUACACUGAGCACCCGAGGCCGUUUCAGCCGGCGUUCCAGCCGGCGCACCCGAGGGAAUUCCAGCCGGCGCACCUGAGGCCGUUUCAGCCGGCGGUCCAGCCGGCGCACCCGAGGCCGUUUCAGCAGGCGUUCCUGCCGGCACACCCAAACCCGUUCCAGCCUCCGAACCCGUUCCAGCCUCCGAACCCGUUUCAGCCGGCUCACCAGAGACCGAGACUCCCAGUGUUCCGACCGAGACUCCCAGUGUUCCUCCCGAGACCGAGACCCUCUGCGUUCCUCCCGAGACCCGGACCCUCUGCGUUCCUCCCGAGACCCGGAUCCCCUGCGUUCCUCCCGAUACCCGGACCCCCUGCAUUCCUCCCGAGACCCGGACCCCCUGUGUUCCUCCCGAGACCCGGACCCCCUGCGUUCCUCCCGAGACCCGGACCCCCUGCGUUCCUCCCGAGAC